AUGUCCAUGGUCCAUGUUCAUGGCCGUCAGCACAUGACAGGAGGUCAUCCGGUCAGGUCCGAGCUGACAGAAUACAUGAAAAACUACAUAUACACGGCAAGAAAAAAGUUAGAAGAAUAUGAAUCUAAGUUGACUGAUUCAAAUCAUUCACUUAAAAGAGAUUCUCUACAACUAAAUCAAACUGCGAAAAAUCUAAUCGAGUUUUGGGAAAAACAACCAAAACCCAGUUGUAAAGGCCUCUCAUCGGGAAUUCAUACAAUUGAAAUUGAUCCGAUUUCCGCACUCUGCGAGGGAGAUUUAGAAGGUGGUGGGUGGAUAGUUAUUCAUAAACGAUUUGAUGGGAACGUAGACUUUAAUAGAACUUGGACUGAGUAUCGUAAUGGUUUCGGUAACAAGAAAGAAGAAUUUUUCAUUGGUCUUGAGAACUUGCAUCGUAUUACCAAAUCCCAAACCAAUGAACUUUAUGUGCAAUUGGAAAUGCAAAAUGGAACUCUCCAAUUUGCUAGUUAUGGUAAUUUUAGAAUUGGUAACGAAACUGCAAAAUAUAAGUUGGAGUCGUUGGGAGAGUUUAAAGGGACAGCUGAGGAUGCUAUGAAGUACAAUUUAAAUGGAUCAUUUUCCACUUUCGAUCAAGAUAAUGAUCAAUGGAGAAUUGGUAAUUGUGCACAAAGGUUUGGAGCAUGGUGGUACAGGCAUUGUACCUUGAUCAACCUCAACGGAAAAUAUUCCAAUAGAGAAGUCAAUGAUGGUUUAAGUAUGAGCUGGACCUGGAUUUCCCUCAAAUCUGUCCAGAUGCUUAUCCGACCAAUAUAAAGUUGGACUUCAUUUCAAAAUCAACGAAAAUCCUGGAAAACUAACCAAUAAAAAGAAAAGAAUUGAUAUUUCAGCAACAAAACAAUUAAUUUUCAAACUUAGAUGACAUUCGCUGUCUACC